UUCAAUUUCGAUCUGCUUGGUUGUCUGACGGACGUGCUGCGUCUCUUUUGUUGUGUUUUUUGCGAACGAGCGAAGAGCGACAGGACCUCUGCGCCCGUAUCCAAACUGAUUUUUUUUAUUGUUGCAAUGCAAUAUUCGCGGAACCAAUAACAACAACAACAACACCACAUAACUCAACAUUCAAGUGCAAAGCAAAUACGAAUCAAACAACAACAAAAAAAGCAAAGAAAGUAAAAAGCAAAAUAUAGCAAAAAAAAUUGUCCAGUGGGAAAUAGCAAAACAACAGCAACAAGCAACAACAACGGCAAAAUCAAAUUUAAAAUCUGUUAAAAAAGUACCACAAAAUGCCUUUGAUGGCUAAUUAUGAUUAUGUCCACUUCGAAACGGUGGCCAGCGAACGUGAUCGCGAUCUUCUCCAGCAGCAACUGCAGGAUCUCGUCCUGGACAACAGCAGCAACAUGGAGCAGCACCAGCAGCAGCAGCCACAUCGCCUCCAUGGCGCCCUCACACGCACCAUUUCACAGCCGGCCCAGCAGAGGCACCAGCUCAUCCAGCAGCAGCAACAGCAGCAGCAGCAGCAACAGCAACAGCAGCAACAGCAACCGGUGGCCAGUCUGGUGACCAUCAUCGAGAACCUGGGCAACAUGAACCUGCACCGAAAGCUGGAGCGGACGCAGUCGGAGCCACUGCCACAGCAGCCGAUGAACACAUCCAGAUACAAGACGGAGCUGUGCCGUCCAUUCGAGGAGGCCGGCGAGUGCAAGUACGGCGAGAAGUGCCAGUUCGCCCAUGGAUACCACGAGCUGCGCAACCUGCAGCGGCAUCCCAAGUACAAGACGGAGUACUGCCGCACCUUUCACAGCGUGGGCUUCUGUCCCUACGGACCGCGCUGUCACUUUGUCCACAAUGCGGACGAGGCCCGCGCUCAGCAGGCGGCCCAGGCAGCCAAGUCGUCAUCCCAAUCCCAAUCCCAGUCGCAGUCCCAGCAGCAGCAGCAGCAGCAGUCGUCCUCGUCGUCUUCGUCGUCGUCGUCAUCAUCCCAGAACUUCUCGUCGAAGAGCAAUAACUCGAGCAGCAAUAAUAGCAACAGCAGCAGCGGCAGCAACACCAGCCCGUUCUAUCUGCCACUGAGCCCACCGCUCAGCAUGAGCACGGGAUCCGAUCGGGAAUCGCCCACUGGAUCGCUGUCCCUGAGUCCCACCAACUCGCUGACCAACUUCCCGUUCCACGAUGCCCUGCCAAUGCCGCCGGGCUACCUGGCCUCCUCCAAUGGCGGCACGAGCAACAGUUCCGCCUCGUCCACAUCCUCGGCCUCUGGCUUAGGUCUGGGCAUGAGCAUGGGCCUGGUCAUGGGUGGAAUGGGUGGUGGUCACCAUGGACCGGCCACGCCGCCAGAGAGCCCAAAUGUACCCAUUUCGCCAGUGCACACACCGCCGCCAUACGAUGUGGUGGUCAGUGGAUCUGGAUCGGGAUCUGGAGCAAGCAAGCAGCUGCUGCAGAAGAGCGUCAGCACACCGAUGCAGCAGGAGGAUACCACGCCCAGGCUGCCGGUUUUCAAUCGUCUCAGCUCAGCGGUGGAGCCCUACCAGCAGCAGUCCAACUUGGGACUCUAAGGAGGGGAGCAAAAAACAACAUCCAAUCCAACAUCCACUCACGCCCAUCAAAGCAUCCCUCCAUCAUCAACAGCCACAACAAUAACAGCAUCCUUGACAAAAUCUCAGUAACGACCAAACCAUGGAAACUGGACCAACAAACUCCUCCCGCAAUCAAAAUCCAAGUCAGAAAAUAGAUAUUCCCCCCGCAAGGCAACUGGAUUUCCGGGGCGCCUAUAUGUGUAUAUCAAGUAUACGCCAAGGAAAAACGCAGGCCACUGCCAAAGGACAUAAACACAUCCCCUACCCCUAAAUUGUGAAACGAUCUUUGAUAUGAUUUCUCUCAUGCUGUGACAGUCAAUCGUUAUCGUUUAGUACGAGAAGGACCGAAACGCCAGACUACGGGACGAUUAGGUAGUUAGAUACGUAAAUGACAAACAAACAAUCCAAGCAAACGAUGAUCUUAAACUAAAAACUAAAUGCUAAAAACUAAAACUAAAAAAGUAAUAUAAAAUCUAAACGAAACAUUCUUACAAACUGGACAAAAAGAAGAAGGAGACGCGAAGAGCGGACGAAACGGACUAUUGGGAAUCUUCAGCGAAUGUUGCUCAAAUCAAAAUCAAGAAAACGGCCAACGACGAACGUGUGAAUAUCGUUCCUGCAUUUAUAGAACCUACAACUACUGCAGAGCACCCAUUAGAACCCCAGCACAAACACCUGUCGCUUUUGUUCAAUAUUUAUAUAUACGCCACGCACUUUGGAUGAUAAGUCUUAUGUAAAAAAAAAAACAGCUCCUGUAUAUAACCCUGGAUGUGGAUGGCUAGAUGGAGAGAGUACAGAGUUGGUUACAUACCAUGCGAUACCAUACCAUACCAUCCCAUCCGAUCCGAUGUCUUCCAAUCCAAGCCAAUCAAUCAAUCAAUUCGGAAUGAGAAUGAGAAUGAGAUGAUAGAAACGGACAGAAACGGAGCUAAGGAAAUUCUUUAAUUUAUUAUUUUUUGCUAAAUUUAUGUAAUAGAAAACGUUGUGUACAUACGAGAGUUAAAAUAUUUUGAUAAAGCUUAUAAAUUAUAUUUAACAAUUACAUUACGAUUACGAUUAUAUGAUGAUGAUCUUGGAUGAUGAUAUGAAUAUUAUUGAUGAUAUACCUCUGCAAUUCGUGCAACCAAUCACAACAACAACAACAACCACAACAACAAACACCAACAACAACCAACGAGCAACAAACAAUUUUUCGUUUUGAGAAGUUAAUAAUGGAAUUCUGUCAUUGAUUUGAUGUAGUUUUUUUUUUU